UAGGCAAGCAGUUCAGCUCCAAGAGCAACCACCAGCCCCAGCAGCACCAUCAGCAGCAACAGCAUCGCUCCCAGCGACAACACCUACCUGGCAAAGAUGACCUCCAGUGGCAUGAACAUGAUGAGCAAGAUCGUCUUCUACGAGGAGAGGAACUUCCAGGGCCGCACCUACGAGUGCAUGAGCGACUGCCCCGACAUGUCCUCCUACAUGAACCGCUGCCACUCCUGCAGGGUGGAGAGGGGCUGCUUCAUGGUCUACGACCGCACCAACUUCAUGGGAAACCAGUACUUCAUGAGGAGGGGCGAGUAUGCCGACUACAUGAGCAUGAUGGGCAUGAGCGACUGCAUCAGGUCCUGCCGCAUGAUCCCCAUGCACAGGGGCUCCUUCAGGAUGAAGAUCUACGAGAGGGAGAACUUCCAGGGCCAGAUGCACGAGCUGAUGGAGGACUGCGACAACGUCAUGGACCGCUACGGCAUGGGCAACAUCAUGUCCUGCAACGUGAUGGAGGGCCAGUGGCUGAUGUACGAGCAGCCCCAGUUCAGAGGCAGGAUGAUGUACAUGAGGCCCGGAGAGUACAGGAACUUCAUGAACAUGGGCUCCAACAGCAUGAGGUUCAUGAGCAUGAAGCGCAUCAUGGACUCCUGCUACUAGAGAGAGACUCAUCGUGGUGCAGCAACUAGCUACCGAAAAACGAAUUGAAGAAGAAUUAGAGGCAAC